GGAACCGGAGUAAUCGGAACUGUCAAAGUUACCUGCCGACAUUGAGUUAAUGAGUUUGGAAUGUGAGAUUGUUUAUAUUAAUUUUAGGCCAGUUAUUAAUUUACUGUUAUUAACAAUUACCAAAGGCUGUUAUUCAGAAACAAAAAUUGAUACAUUUUAACUAAAGAAUGUAAAUAGCCAAUAUGGAGGCGAGUCCAGGAGAAGUGCAAGACGACAGUAAAGAUCGAAAAUCGUUCGGAAGAAAACUUUUAAUAUUUACGCUUUUAAGUGGCCUCGCAUAUUCUCUAGGUUAUAUACACUACAAAUAUGUAUCGCAUCUCUUUGAAAAUGACAGAAACUUCCUCUAUUUAUCCGAUCUGGAACGGGAGAUGUCGUUCAGGACAGAAAUGGGCUUCUAUUACUCGUAUUACAAAACUGUUGUCGAAGAAAAACCAUUACUCGCUGGAAUGUAUAAAAUUAUAUUUGACAAAUUAGUCGAAUAUCCUAAGGAUGUCAAUACAAUUAAUAGAUUUAAUAUUAUUCCCGAGGUCAUUAUAGGGGCUAUGUACAGGUAUUUUGAGCCCUGGUUGAACUCUACCCAGUAUAGGGAAUGCCACAUGGUCGAGAGGGGUCCAGGCCACAGUCCCGUGGAGAGCUGUGUGGGCAUUGGGCAACCGGUUUUCUUCUACUUGGAGGUGAUCUGGUGGUUGUCUGGUCUCACUGUAGCUGCCUUGUUCCUACAUGCCACCAUGCUGAGCCAAAGCGUCUUGGGUGGUCUACUGGCAGUGGUUCAAUACUUCACGAACCACGCUGAGUGUACUCGCGUACAGUGGGCACCGAAUGAGAGGGAAAAUUUGGCAGCGCCCCUCCUGCUCCUACAAGCUUGGCUGUUGACCCUCCAGCUCAGAGAGACGAGUAAUAACAGGAUAUUGAAGCUUGAGAUAUUAACGCUCUUAAUAAACAUACUCUGCUUGCUGUUCUGGCAGUUCACACAGUUCAUAUUCCUCAGUCAGCUGGUUAUAUUCUUUGUGAUGGAACAGCUCAAGAUUAUCGACGUCAAAACCUUUGCCCUGAUCCUCUACUCCCACUUCUGCAGCCUGCACACCGCGGUGCUGCUGCUGCAAGGGAACGACAUGCUGAAAUGCUCCUUGUAUACGACUUUUCUGAUCACCAUAUCGAUGUACUGUCUCUUCUUGAGCUACUUGCGCAUCAAGGUGCAGAGCCACUUGGACCUGUUCGUCGAGACGUGGCUCGUCAUCCUGAGGGUAUCGCUCGUUCUGUGCCUCUCGUGGUACCUGAAGAAAUUGUUCAGCGAAUACCUGCAAGUCGAGGAGGAUUCCCACGUCUGGGACAUACUCUAUUCGAAGUUCACAGAUUAUAAAACUUUCCACACUUUGAUUUAUACGUGCUCGGAGGUUUUCGAUUUCCUGAAAAUAAGUUCCCUCGUUAACAUGAUGAGGAGCCUGCUGAUCCCGCUCGUUCUGGUGAGCUGCGUCAACGUCACGUGUCACUGGCGACGCUCGGCGACGGAGAGGUGCGCGAAAGAGACAGAAGAUGCAGCCGAGAGGGACAGGAAGCAGGGCCACAAGAACGACGAUGAGGACAGCGGUAUUGAAAACAAUACGGACAUCGUGCCGAAGAAAGAGCCGACGAAGAUCUACCCCCUGCUGCUAUACUUGAGAAAUUUACAAGUGGAGUCCGCCAUAUUCUACAAUAUAUCGCAGAUGAUCGUGUAUGGCGUGAUGGCGGUUUUAGUGAUGCGUUUAAAGCUCUUGUUCUCGACGCAUAUGUGCCUAGUGUCGUCGUUGAUAUUCAAUAAAAAGUAUUACACGUUACCGAAAUCGUUUUCUAAGUACGUACCAAUCAUGUGGGCGAUAAUAAUUGUGCCAAUCUUGACUGAGCUGUCCAAGAAUAUUACGAAAGAAAUGUCGCAUAUAGGAGAGUUCAAUGACUACCCCCAGGAGGAGCUGCUACUCUGGAUAUCAAAAGAGGCGGGCGCUGGAGCGUUCGCGGGUUCGAUGCCCAUUUCGGCCACUAUCAUGCUGUCGACCAGACGGCCCAUAGUCACUCACCCGCACUACGAGCACUUGGAGGCCAGACAACGCGCUUACUCCGUGUACAAAAUGUACGGCAAGUUCUCGCUGAACGAUCUCUAUGUGGAGUUGAACAAAUACCGAGCGACGUACCUCAUCGUUGAAACAAAAUACUGCUACGGGAGGAGCAAGAAACGCUGUUCGUUUGAAGAUAUUUGGGACGUAGAAGCGCCGGCCCUGAAAUCGAAUCCCAAGCUCUGCCACACUCUGCUCACUGAACCGGUGGAUCACUUCUAUCCGGUGUUCAGGAACGAACACUAUGCGGUCUUCCGGAUACACGACUUCAGUGUUCGAUACAUGCCUCGGACAUUUGACACUUGACAUACGGACGGAUAUCAAUUAAGGUAUAUUGAGACUGAAGACUAUUCGAACGAAACAGACUAAUUUUAAAAAAAAAAACCUAUUCGAUACUACGGGGUUCGUUUUAACUUCCAUUAAACAUAGCGUUUUAAGUACUUUAAGAAUUUUAAUAGACCCCCGGAUAUUUUUAUCGCAAAUGUAUUUAAAAUCAAGUAAAUUCACUGCUGGGCUUAAAGUUCCCUUUGAGGCAGUUAGGACCUUAUUACAUCGUUUCCAAUGUGCAUGGGAUGCACAUAUGGCAGAAUUUCAUUGACAUUAGACAUUUCCUCUUUAGAGGUUUCCUCGCGACGUUUUGCUUCACCGAACACGAGAUGAAUUAUUAAUAAGACAUUAAGCACACGGAAAUUAAGAGGUGCUUGCUUGGAUUAACCCGCAAUAGUUCUGACGACUGAGCCAUCUCGGCUAUGUAUAAUCUGUUAAAGCAAUUGGCUAUUUGACGAUGCGAAAAAUAAAGUGUCAAUUAUUGUAAUCAGUAUACAUUAUGAGUUUAAAAAUGGUUAUUUAUCAACGAAAGUUGAAAAUAAUAAUUCAUUUAUUCAAAAAUCCAUAAAUAUAAAUGCAUUUUUUUAAACGUUUGCCACGUGACACAAAACGCUCCUGAUUGGUCGGGCUUAUGGUGACGUCACUUGCUUUUUAACCUCGUUCGCCUACUGUAUGUGGAUUAUAUGUGCCACAGAUCACAAUACAGGCAAGUGACGUCACCGAUCCCAUGACAGCGCCAUAUUGUCAAACUGGCGUUUUCGCGCGGUUUUUAAAUAUGGAACUUUUAAUUUGAUAUUUUUCAGCAAAUAUCUACUAGAAUAAAAAAAAACUACUAACUGGGUUCCUUAACCUCUACUAAAUAAUAUAAAAUGGAUUUUAAAAACCAGUCAAAUAGCCUAUUAGAUUUUAUUUGUUUUGGAAACUCCAUUAAUCGAUGUCAGAAGAAACUCUUGAUGUUUGAUUCAUUAAAAAAUAUUUUAACAAAAUUUAAUUUGUAUAAUAAUAAUAAAAAGUUAAAUAUUUCUAAAGAAAAUGUCUAAAAUGUGUUAAAUACUAACAAAUAAGUAAGUUAA